AUGACUACUUCCACUAAGCUCGAAAAGGCUUUGGAAAACUUACAAAGCAACCCCUAUUAUGAAAAGUACGCUGACAGGAUUGCUGCACUACAAAAAACCUCCCCAGAAGAGUUUCUCAAGAGGGUAGAGAGUCAACAUAAAAAUAAAGAACACGAAAAGAAAAAUAAAUUUGCUGGAGCAGUGGACACGCGGCAAUUUUCUUCUGUACUCAACCCUAAAGGAGAUCGUAGUGAAGGCGCCUGUGUUGAGGAUAAAAAAUUAAAUGAUAUCUUGAAGUUAGAGUUGGUACAAGACAAGACAGCUGUAGAAGUCCAAAAUAUCUGGGAGGAGUAUCAUAAAGAUAAAGAAGUGAUAUCAGCCACCAUCCCCAAGGAGUCCUAUGUAUCCAUUGCACAAAACAUGAAACAGUUCCCAACAUUCUUGUUCCCCCUCCCACGAGCACAAGGCUAUGAGUUUAUAAUGUGCCAAAGUUUUGGGAAUGCUGUUCAUUUCACCCCACUAUUAGCUUUUCAGGUACAUAAAGAAAAUGCCCCAGAGUGCUUGACUAUGGUUCAUUAUUUAGAACUCAAGGAAAAGGGAAUUGUAUUGAUGAGAGGGGAUUAUGAUAAGAAUGUCCUGGAUGGGAAGGAAGCCCAGUGUCUGGCGAACCAGUUCCAGAUGUAUUACAGCGGCAAAGAUCCCAACAAAGUUACACUCCUACAACUGUUCAACACAAGUCCAGACACAUUCAAGCACAUGGACUUGAUUGAAGAAUUGGAGAAUAUACAAUUAGUUUAA